AAAAUGCGAAGAAUGGAAAUGAAAAUUUGCUCUACAGACGUUGCGCCGGUUGCGUUGCGACGAGAUGAGACGAGACGAAAUUUGAGAUCGAUAAGGAUUGCGGUGGCGUCGCGCAUGACUGAAUUAUUUUGCGAAUUGCAACAAUCUCGAGGUUAUGACGAUGGUGAUGACCGGGCGCCAGGUUGACUCCAGUUGAUUUCGUUUUUCUCUUGGCUCGCGAAAUAUACAAAUACAGAACGAGUAACGGGCCUGACAGCAACGAUGUUCGAGGGGGCUAUAGCGGCAUUUUUGAACCGCCUGCUGGGCAGAUACGUAGAGGACCUGGACACGGAACAGUUCAACGUCGGUAUUUUCUCCGGGGAUACGUGCCUCACCGACCUCAAGUUAAAACCGGAAGCUCUGUAUCAACUGGGAUUACCUAUUAGAAUAGAGAUUGGCUUGAUAGGAAAAAUUAUUUUGAAAAUACCAUGGUCUGGACUUUUCUCGCAACCAAUUGUGAUAUGCAUAGAGGACAUAUAUGCAGUUGCAGUACCUGCACUAUCCGGUCCGUAUGAUCCAGAGAUACAGAAACGUUUGAUAAGAGCAGAAAAAAAGAAAAUUCUUGAAGAUCUCAAGGAAGAUGAAUUAUUUAGAGCAGGUCUACCUCCUCAACUAUUUGAUGGUCUAUUAGCAUCAGUUACAAAAAACUUUCAGAUUACUAUAAAUAAUGUACAUAUUAGAUACGAAGAGAAAAUAUUGCGUAACUUUCUCUGUGCCUGUGGUAUAUGUAUACAAAGUAUAUCAAUUACGACUACCAACAAUAAAUGGAAGCCUGGAGUGUGCGCUACAAAUUCACAAACAGUGUAUCAGCUUAUACGCGCAGAAUCGCUCAGUGUGUAUAUGGACCACGAUACAGAAUCCUGUAUAAAUAUCCAGGGAAAUUGGGACAUGCCCAAUCUUCUCGCAUGGAAAAGCGCGAUGCAUAGAUCUCUGCAAACAUUUGGAAUGAACAACAAGGAAUUUCAGUUUUUGUUGAAGCCUUUCACGGCCAAGAUUAAAGUCAUCAUACACAAAGGUACAGAAACGCAAGCUUCUCGUAUGUUGGUCGAUAUUGUGCUCCAGGAUGUGGCAAUGCAACUAUCCGAAGCGCAAUAUGCUACAUUUUGCCAUAUUCAAGAUUCUUUGUUACAAGCGAGCGUCAAUAGACCACAUGCUAAAUAUCGACCAGAAAAAAGCGUGUACGAGGAGCCAACAUCUUGGUGGAAAUAUGCAUACAAUUCUAUUUUGAAUCACUAUAUCAAACCAUAUACUUGGUUGCAUAUAGCCAAACAUAGGAAAAAUUACAGAAAUUAUAAAGGGGUGUGUAUUCAAAGUUUGCAACGACCAAACGACACAGAACUGAAACUGGAUCUGCAAAAAUACGAGGAUAGUCUGACAAUAUUAAAUAUAGUGAUUGCGAGAGAGCAUGCUAAACAAGAAUUGAAAAAUAAGGAUAUCGAGCGCGAGUGUCAAACUAUAACAAGUUCAUCAAAAGAUGUCAAUAUCGAAAUAUUAUCGAACAACGACCAAAGUAUAAUAGUUCAACACAACAAAGAAGAAAGUCAAAAUUCGGUGAUAGAUGUAAAGGAUAAUACAUCCAGUUCACAGAUAAAAUUGGAAAAAUCAUUAAAGCAAAUCGAUUACAAAUUAAAUUUUACUUUGGCAAAUUGUUGUCUGACUCUUUUGAGCAAAGGCAAAGAAAUGUUGAUUGUAACUGUCGCACAAUUCCUGACAAGUAUCGAGGCACGGCCUACGUUAUUAGCUUUCAAGAUAUCUGCUCGUGCUGAAAGUUUUGUUAUCGAGGCUAUAUCGACCGACGGUGAUUUGGUUCCUUUGAUUACAGUUGAUAAUGUGUUGACAGGGAAUGUGUCUACCUAUUUCUUGGCCAUAGAUUUUGAAAAGAAUGGACUAAAUAUGGAUCCUAUUUUUGAAGUGUCCAUAAAGUUGGAAGCUAUCGAAGUGACUUAUCAUCACUUUGCCAUAGUGGAAAUUAUAAACUUUUUCAAAUUCAACACCAAUUACAUAUAUGACACGAUUCUCGGAAUAUACAGAUUGUGGGAUUAUGCCAAAAGAAAAUAUUUCAACUUCGUGGACGACAUCAUUUCGCAGACAUUGAGAAUUAGCUUCAAAAUAGAUAUUAAAAGUCCGUAUGUUAUAUUUCCCGAAUAUGGAUCGAUUCAAAAAGGAGGACAUAUACUUGUCUUGGAUCUUGGUAAUGUGACCUUGAUCAAUGAACUUCAAGCGAGCAAUUUGCAAUUGGAAGACGCUACUCUUAUGGAACUGGAAGAAUUACUCUAUGACAGACUUAAUAUGGAGUUUACCGGCGCGCAGAUUUUAUUUUGUCAUUCGGGCGACGAUUGGCGCUCGGCAAGAAAACAGAGCGAUUCGGAGUAUCAUUUAUUACCCAAGCUACAAGCGAACGCAACACUUUCAUACAGUAUUAGACCGGAAUAUCGUCAAUUACCACGGACAAAACUUAAUGUACAUAUUUCAAACGUAAAGUUUAAUUUAUCAGAAAAUAAAUUGCAACUGAUGGCGCACUUUUUGAAUAAAUUGCUAGUGCUAUACGAAAAUAAUGUUGAAAAAUAUAAAGCUACCUUUAAAAAUUCUACUCUCAAACAAAAAUCAAGAGUUGCUUUUACUUCGGUAAAAGAAUUGAUGAAAGUACAAUCUGGUGUGUGCUUGCCAUCUGUUAUAAUGAUGCACAAUGGUUUUAAACCUAUUAUCAAGGAAAUUGUUACCAAUAAUGUACCAAAGCUUGACAGGAGUGUUGUUUCUUCGGAAGUUAGCGAAGAAGACUUGGAACUGUUAUCUAAAACGAUUAAUUUAUCUGGAUUUGACGAUAAUAUAUCUCCAUGUAACCACAUUAAUUUGUUACUUCGAUUUGCUAUAAGCGAGUUCUCCAUAAAUCUUGAACAUAUGGUGGACAACCGAGAACAGCCUUAUCUCAAUUUGAGAUUGCAUACCUUGUACUAUGAAGCAGCUAUGAUGGAAUAUGGUAUUGCUGUUCAAUUCGGUAUUGGAUCGAUUCUUCUAGUCGAUAAGACAAACGCUGGCGUUACCGGAUCAUAUCUGGAAUUGAUAUCCACCGACGAGUCUUACGAAGUUCUCAUUGUAUCAUAUCGUAAGGUUAAAUCAAAUUGCCCCGAUUUCAAGUCGCACUUUAAAAAUAUCGAACGCUCACUGAUUGUGAAUCUAUUGAAUAUUAAUAUAAAUCUUCAUAGAUCCGCGUUACUGAAAAUAAAAGAUUACUGGCAUAAAUUUCAAACUAUGUGUGAUGGUACACUGUUAAUCAAGUAUGCCGAAAAGAUAUGCAGUAAUAUUAUAAAACGGGAACAAAAGGAUGUAGAUCCACCCAUUCCACCAGGUGCGAUUAAACUGAAUUAUUCAACCAGACUUAGUUCGCUAGCACUACGAUUCUGUGACAAGGACAUAGAUUUGAUGGAGAUUAAGGUUUCGGGCUUGGAAAACGAUUGCAUCUACAAUGCGAACGAGAGAAUGGUGUUGCGUGCCCAUCUCAGAAGUAUACUUGCUGAAGACUUGAACGACGACACGCUUUAUUCGAAAAUUUUGACGACCGAUGAGGACAAGGUAUUUGAUCUGAAAUAUGUAAGACAUACACCAAGGUUAUAUAAAUGUUCGGAUAUUGACACUAAUCAGGAUGAUGUGAUGUCAGAUGGCACCUUCAAGCUUUCCAUCGGAAGAAUAAAUUGUGUGAUCAUUUCUAAAAUUUUGUAUGAUUUAAGGAAUUUUGUGAAGCCGUUCGCUUCCACGUACUACACUCGUUUCUUAAAUUAUUUGAAAAAUAAGUUUGUCGGAGGAAUCGAGUUGUUCAAGAAGAGUGCGACGAAAUUACACAUUUUUAUCGAUAUACAAGGACCUACUUUUCUGCUACCACAGAAGAAGGAUGCCCCGAGUCUCUUGGUUUUCGAUACGGGCAUAUUAUCAGUCGAAAACUUUUUCAAGAACAACGGACAAUCGAUGAAAGCGAUCGCUAAUGAUAAUGGACAAUUGAUAAUCGAUAACAUUUUGAUAAAAUUGAAAUCUGUGACUAUAUCUAGGGCAAUUAUGACUUUGGCGCGAGACUUGGAAGUGCAGGAACCCAUUAUCGAACCUAUACAAAUUCAGUUUGAUAUCAAGAGAAAAACGGAAUACCGUAGUACUAUGGAAUUCCAAACAUACGGUUUAUUCAAUGUACAAGGAGCAAUCGAUAUUAUAAAUGUAAACUUGAGUCAGCAGGAUCUCAAGUCCCUUAUAUCGGUGUGGCAAGAUAAUAUUUCCAAAAUACUGUUGCUUAAAAAGGUCAGCGAAAACGAGGAUAGAAUUUCAACACAAAGCUUCCGAAAGAAUGUCGAGCACAAUGAUGACAUUAUGAUGAAGAAGCUGGAAGACUUUUUAACUCAUAAUGAAACAGCGUUAUGUGAAAUCAACAUAAAAUUUACUUUGGAGGGAUUGCAAUUGAAUUUAUUUAUGGACACAGAAGAGGUGUUGAGUUCCCCUGUGCGCGAUUUGAAUCAUGGUUUGUGCAAAUUGAGCUUCGGAGAAACUAUAAAUACCUGGGACUUUUAUAGCGACAAGAGUGUGAAAAUGAAACUCUCUUUGCAAAGCUGCUUAUUGCAAGACACACGCAAAGACUCGGUCAUUGAAAAGAAAAUAAUACAAUCGCCGGCAAUAUCUUUAGAGAAGAAUUUAGAAUCUUGUAUUUCUGUGUCGAUGUCUCCUAUAGUCGAUGUUACGUACAGUCGUACUCAAGCGAAGGAAAAGUGUUUCGACGUUCUUAUUCAAGACGUGCGAAUUAAUUUGUCUGUACCUUUCUUGAUGCAUUUGGGACGGUACUUUCUGGAUUCCUUACCUGGCGAGCAGAUAGAGAAAGGAAUCAUCAAUCACGGAUACGAUAAUAAUAACCAAAUGAACCGGAAUGCUAUAAAUGCAGAACCUGACAAAAUAAAUUGCUCCCAAUAUUUUAAGGAGCAACCAGGUACUUCUGUAUCAAUUAGAAUACAAAAGCCGGAUAUUUUUCUAUUCGGUGACUUGGAGAAGAAUAAUACGCACGUGAUUCGAAUGCAGACAGAAGUGUUCAUCGAAAGCAGCAGACACGGUUGUUCCUCUUCGAUAGUCUGCACCCUGACCAAUGUCAAUGCCAAGACCAAAGGUCGGGGAAAUUACGAGUCUCCAUAUUGGUUGUUACAUCCUUGCGAUGUAGAAAUUUCUAAGAAGAAAGAAUUGUCGAGCGGUAAUGAAGAAAUCGCCGUUGCUAUAAAUAGUAUUAAUGUACAUCUAUCAGUGGAAGUGAUCCAUACCUUUUUCGAUAUAUUGAAUGAAGCGUCGACUUUUUUGAACAGCAUUAGCUCGAAAAUGGAUGACGAUAGCAAUCAAAAUGCCAGCGUGCAUAAUAAUCUCUGGGCGCCAAGAAAAGUUUCUAGUAUACCGUAUAAGAAAACUGAUGAAGGCGACUCGACGUUGUACCAUCAUCACAACAAUCAUGUAAUAUUCAAUUUGAGACCUGUACUAAUGUGUUUAUUGUUGGAAAUGGAGUAUUCCGUAGGAAGAUUUCCAGUAAUGAGAAUAGAAACUGUCGUUACCGCUACCGUCGAUGAUUGGUACAACAAUUUCCAUCUCGAGUCUAAUAUAAAGCUUCACGCAUUCUGUUACAAUAGAGCUUAUCAGAAUUGGGAGCCAUUCGUGGAACUUUGCACAAAGGAUGAUGUAAACUAUAAACCAUGGGAAUUCAUUAUUAAGACAUAUCGAGGCGAAGCAAAUAUGAUCAAUUCCCAUUGGACAGAUUUUUGUCACCACAUAAAACAAGAUUCUGCAAAAGCAAAAAAGAAGGAUAUAAAGUGUAAUGAACAGGAUGUAACGGAUAUGAUAUUUAUUGGACCCGAUACUGAUGUGAUCUCUAUGAGAAAAGAACCUGAAACUUACAUUACAUAUGAGGAUGAGUCUGAUACGGACGAUGACGAGAGCGAUACGAAAUUAACAAAGAUUUCCAAUUAUCUAUUUAAUAAUAAUAGCGACGACGAAGAAAGUGUUUCCGACGAUUCGAGUACAAAUGAAGAUGAGGAACUGGAAUUAACGCUGGAUUGUAAUUUUGAAUCUUUUAAUUCCGCCACGCCACGUGCGCUAGCGAAAACAAAUCUCUUCGCGCCGCAUAUUAUUCUAUAUUCGGAGGACAAAAUCAACAUCACCAUAACUGAAAACAUGAUCGCGACGUGGAAUGCGAUGUCAAACGCAUUUGCAAGAGUUAAGGGUGGAAUCCCGUUCGUACCAGCCAACACACGAGAAUUGACUGUGCUAAACGAUAUAGGUCACGCGAGUCGAGUAGAACUGCUUGUUCAAGAAGAAGUAGACGGAAACAGUGUCACGCGUGUCCUAGCCGCGCAUAAUUUUGCACACGACGGGAACUCGCCGACCAGCGUGCCCAGCAGUCCGGAAAAUGAAACCCAGGUGGAUUUCACGAGUCCUCGAUGGAUCGGUAAAGAUACCGCCGUAGUCGUAUCGGAAUGUCAGACUUUUCCUGUCGACUCGCCGGUGCAAAUCUACAAAUCUAUAACUGGCGAGAUUCUUCGUGUUAUUUUUGAAGGUUUCGAGGAUGUGUUGAUGUAUUGCCCUAAGAAGGAAACAUGCAGUCUCGUAUCGCUUCGUCCUGUGAGACACGACGUCCGCUAUUAUCUGGUAAUAGAGGCGACGAUAAACAGUUAUCUACAUCGUACGGUUUGCGUGCGAUCUCCGUUACAGUUUCGAAACGAAACGUCGUACGCACUUGGACUUUAUUACAAAAAAGCGGUAGUGGACAAACUGGGUUUAACACCUACCGGUGAAGUUACAAAUCCCUUUGAUCAUAAUAUAAGAAUGGCAAUCAUCGAACCUGAUGCGACUUAUAACAUUCCUCUAUAUAUCGCUUAUCAUUGUCCGAUACACGUUCUUCCUGCGUAUCUAGAAAAAUAUCAAGUUAGCGAGGAAGAAAUUUAUUGGAAAGACUUGAAGGGUACAGCAAAUGCAUUUAAAGACGUGUGCUGCAAAGCGAAGGGCGACAUUAACUGUAAUGUAUUCUGUGUCAGGGCGAUAUGCACGGAAGUCCCGUUAACGACUCGUUCCUCGGGCUGUCAAGUGCCGAAUUACUUGAUAAAUAUCGUACCGCCUGUAAUUUUUAAUAAUCAGCUGCCCUUCGUCAUCGAUGCCGGUAUACCUAGCAUUAAUUACGAAAUGAAAAUCGAACCCGGGGAAAAAAUAAACAUGCACUCUCUGAAUCAUAGCAGUAAUGUGCAGUUUAUUUUUAAGAUACACAACUAUUUGGGCACGUCUUGGAUGGGUGCGGUAAAACUGAAUAUGAAUCUAGAACGAAAGUUUAUAUUAAUGUCUGCAGAUAACGAGUCGGAUUUGACGAAACCCUUCUUGCUAUGCUUAGAAUUAGGUAAAAUUUCCAGCUGGAACAUCAUUAUACAAUCGCAGUAUUGGAUGAUAAAUAAGUCUGGCUUGCCGCUGUUUAUCCAGGAUUGCCAUUCUCAUAUAACUUAUGAGAUGCCAGAGGAAGAAUUGAUGGUGUUCUCUCAAAAGAAUAAUAAAAAGAGCAUGGUUCGAUUAAGGGCCCAUCAGUCCGAGUGGUCGAUGCCAUUUGGAUUGGACGGAAUUACGUCGAUGUCGUUGAUCGUUUGUCGAGAUAUUGAACGCGGACGAAAGUAUCAGAUCUUAACGGAGAUAGAAAGUUCCCGCUUAUCGCCCAUUUUCACGAAGAUUAUAACGUUUCUACCGUACUUUUUCAUUUGCAACAAAACUAAAAAGGCUUUGAGGUUUAUGGAGGAGAAUGAAGAGGCCGAUCUCUGGAACGAUCUUUUACCUGGCCAAGAGAUAUCGUUCUGGCCCGUCACCGAGUCCAUGAAAAUGAGAAUAAAGUGGAGAAACAGUCAGCUGGUCUCGCAACAUUUCGACAUUACAUAUGUGGGCAAGACUGUGCUGAGAAUGGAUAACGGGUCGGCGUUAUGCGUAGAGAUUGAAGGUGGCAUGAAUGCCCCGUAUCGCAUAACAUUCCGAAGAUACAUCGUCACCGACAUACCCGUGCGAGUGGAUAAUCUUUGCGACAAACUAUUUCUGAAACUGAACCAAAUCGGUUUGGGUCAAGUCGCUCUGCUCAAACCGUUUCAAAGUCUGCUAUACACUUGGGACGAUCCUACUCAGAGCAGAGAAUUGAUUUGGAAUGUUUAUAACAAUAAUGCAUUCGGCUAUAGAGCACAACUUGAAACGGAUGGCUGUGGGCACGAAACGGUAACUUUUGUAACCGUCGAACGGCGCGACAGCGCGUGUCAUUCCUCCCAAAUCGCUCCCAAAUCGCUAGCAAACGCGAAGCCGUCGUGGUCGGAAGAUACGAGCACAAGUACCACUCAUUCUUCUCCUAACGCAGAAUCUGACACAAAGCCACAAGUGUUGGGGCACGCUCGGCAAGAUGAAACGGAGGUUUACUGGGUGAGCUACAUGGAAGGCGAGCAACGCGUGUUACUAUUUACGCAGCACGAGAGUGUGUACCUGAAGGCGAAAAGUGUCAUCGAUCCCGAGACGAGCAAAAGAGAGAUAUUUCUGUCAAUCGCGGCUAUUGGAAUGAGCAUUGUCGUACAGGAAUCCAAUCUUCAUAGUGCCAGACGAGAGUUAUUGUAUGCCAGUGUGAUCGAUUCCGCCGCGCAUUGGGAGCUUUACUUCAGCAAACGAUGGAAGAGCCUGUCGUUAGAAUUGAGCGCUUGGUUGGAAAACAAAUAUACGAAUUCCGCGAAGGCUGCGCAAUUGGAGAAUUUUAUUGAUGUUGAUUUAGUGAAAAUGCAGAUGACUAAACCAUUCUUUGGCAAGUUGCGAAGGACGUAUUCACCAGGUAUCUGGCUGCAUAGCAGGGAAUCCACCACGCUUUGUUAUUUGCAGGGAUAUAUUCACAGGAUACAGGUUGAUAAUCAAUUGAGCGAAGCUGUCUUUCCGGUGGUUCUAUAUCCUAGCUUGCAAAAGACUUUUGUGAAUUAUGCUGGAACCCGCAGAUUGAAACACUGCUUAGAGUUCUCGUAUCUAAAGCAACGCAAAUUGAAGAAUAUCAUUUACAAAGGUAUAUGUGUCAUCAUCAGGGAGUUCAAUUUAAAUUUAGAAGAAGCCUUUCUCUGUUCCUUGAUCAAUCUAGUACCCAAAAAUCCGGAGACGAAACACUCAAUCGCCGCCAAACUCAGGAGGGAUGUGUCCAAUAUGCGUGUUCCCUCAUUUCAUAAGAUUAGUAACAACGGCAAGAAAAGAGAUUUAAUAGAGCAGAUAUAUAUUUCUCCAAUGGCAUUACGCUUGAGAUUGUUAGCCAAUACAGACGGAUCUAACGCGCGUAAUUUCAGCAUCGUGCUCGAUUAUCGCAAUAUUCUUCGAUUCAUCUUUGAUUACGCGGAGAAGGGCGCAUUCGAAAGGGAUGCUGAAUUCAAGUUGCCCAGUUAUCAAAGAAGUUUCAUCGUCGUCAAUAACGAGCAAUUUCUUUCGCGUCUCUUACGAACUUAUAUGGCGCAGAUUAUGGAACAGUUUCAUGUACUGGUGCGAUUAGUUACAGUUUUGGGAAAUCAGUACGGCUACAACUUUAAAUCGCCAAAGAACAACUGUUGCGAGCCAGAUUCAUUACUAUUAUGCGGCGAUGAGGCUGCGGAGAGGCUGGCAUACGAAGUGGCGUGCGAGCUGGGAUACGCUACGCCCGAUGGUAUGCAAGCUUCGAUUUUAAACAGCCACGCGCCUCUUUUCAAGGUAAAGGAUACAAAUUAUCAGAACCCGGAUGUACCGCCUUUAGCGUUCUUAGUCGAUAAUUCAUUCGCUACAGAGAUUGAUUUAGAGACCUCCGGCUUGAUUACCACGUCGACAAACAGCAUUCAUCGAGAAGAGUCGAGAUAUUUCUUCAAAACAUUAGGAAAAAAAAUAUCUGUGUUGUUUAAGACGGAAAGCUCUUGUUUAAAAACGCAUUCGAAAGUAAUACCAGACAUAAUAAAAAGGGCUCAAGAAGUAGGACAUAGUUUUGUAUCCAGAGUGCGAUUGCCACGAUAUAUUAAUCCACAUUUCGGUGUGGAGUUGUUCUCGACGCACAAAGCGAAGGGAGCGUAUUUAUUGAACGCUAUAAGUAAAGGCCAUUGCGUUCGGAAUGAUUCUUAUUGGGGACACGCUGCGCUUCACAAUGAUGGAAAAUAUAUUACACUAGUAUCCUUGCAGCGAAUAUACUAUAUCGAGAAGGGAAAUGCUUGGGGAUCGUGGAACGUGAAAUGGACUUUAGAGACCAAUCAAUUGCUGUCAUCGCCAACUGUCGCUAAAAAUAAACUCAUUUUGCACAUAACAGAGGAAGAAAAAGAGACGUCAUCGUCAAUGGUAGACUGGUACGUGGAGAGCGAGGCCACGGAUAUUCUGGAAUGGCUGUGUCGCAGAAUGAACAGCGCAAUGAUCCUGAAUAUGGAAAGCAGCAUUUGUUCCAAGUGAGAGAAACUCUAAUGCACUGACGGCUGAGGCCGUUGAGAAAAAGAGAAAAUCAAGAGCAAGGAACAAAGUGGAUACAGAGAUCAGUGUAUUUACAUAUUUAGUUUGGCGUAAUAAAAGAUAUAUAUAUACGAUGAAUGCAAAGAAAAAGAAAAGGGAUGUCUCUCUUUCUCUUUCUCUAAUGCCCUACACUUGUUUUAUUAUCAUUAUAUCUUGUGCCUUAAGUCAGAUCGCAUCUUCGUCUUGGAUAAAGUACGUCUAGUUUAUUUCAUAAUUUAUUUACAAAAAGUCUUAGUAAAUUACACUUACAGGCAUCUCCACUCGAACUAAAGUAAAUAAUUUAAGAACUACAUGUAUUUAGAUAUCUAUAGAAUAGGAUACUUUGGGGUCGGGGAGAAGCUGGGACCAGGGAAAGUGUUCUGUUUAACUUAUUUCAAUAUAAUCGUUUCUAAUUGUAUCUCCGACGAUAAUUCGAGUCGUUUUUUAAACAGCUACACACAUCGUGUGAAAACUAAACCUCAUUCCGCCUCUCUUAUAAAUUCAUUCUCUCUACGAAACGAGGAAGUAUACCAGUGGAAGGUGUGCGACAAGUUCGCGAAUGUGUCUUCUUUUUUUUCUUUUCUUUUCUGCAACUUUCUCUUGCGCAAGAAUGGGAUUUUACAAUUACAGGUAAAUGUACGUAUUGUAAGAAUCAUCAAAAUAUGUGCAAGCUGACAAUCGGUAUCUGUUAAUUUUACAAUAACGUAUGCGCGCUUUGAAAAAGCAUAAAAUCUUGGUUAUAAAUAUAUUCCCAUUAGAAUCGUUUAAUGGCACGAUCGAGCUUAAAUUUAAAAAUCCUUUUUCCUUUUUUUUUAUCCUUUUAAUAUAUUCGUUUCUACAUUAUCGUCCAGUUUCUGUCUGCUUCUACAAUGGUUGGUUUUUUCUCAUCUUCUGGUUUCUUCUUUCCGCUUCUUUUUUUUCUUUUUUUUUUCGUUAUCACAACGGUAUUUAAUUACGUUUUUAUAAAUACGUUUAUUCUCCAAAAAGAUUGCAAUUUUAGUUGAAUCCGCUACUUUCAACUCUCUUCCUUAAAGGAAGUUAUAACGAAAAGAAGAAACGAAAGGAAAAAUUGUAUAUUGAAACUGUAAAAUCUCCUAUUAUAUUUAAAUAAUCACUGUGAAAUUAAUAAUAAUUUAAGUAAUUAUUUAAAUCAAUUAAUUACUUAAUUUCGCAAGCUGCAUAUUUUCUUUCUCUUUUUCACAGACACUAUCCCCACCCUUUUCUACCGUCCCCCUCCCCCCAUCCUCCGUGCAUACAUACGCACGCAUACAUGCACGCACACAUACACAUGCACGCAUUGCCGCAUUUUUCUUUUUUCUCUAAAGCCAUCUUUUACAUUAACGCACGCACAUAUAUGCAUACGUCCCAAAGUGUGCAUUGUAUGUACGCAUCGCAUACGCAUUCGUAUUCGUACACGCACAUCAUACACAAACAUUUCUCGCGCGCGAAUGUAGGCGAACAGGUAUUUUUGUCCUCUACACUUUAUCUCGAAUAUCUUCUCAUUCUUUCACUUUUUUCCUCUAUGUUUUCGUUUCUCUCUCUCUUUCUGAAUCUCAACAUUAUAUAUAUAUACAUACAUACAUACAUACAUGCAUGCACGCACGCAAAUAUACACGCAAAUACAUAAACACACACGCACGCACGCAUGCAUACUCUUUCUUUCCUUCUCGCUCUUUCACGCUCCCUCUUUUUCUCACUUUCGUUUCAAUCAGCGGCUUUAUCACACAUGUCAUAUUAUUUUUUCUCUUCUAGCAAUGUCUUUCUUCAGUUCUAGUUCUGCCUGUGCUCCUAAAAGUCGAGACUUUUUGCGAUCCUACGACCGCAAAUGUAUAUUUGCGCCACCGUAGCCGUAGCACAAAAA